AUGGAGAUGAAGAUGAGCUGUGUGUGUUUGGUGCUGGGGCUGGUCCUGCUGAUGACCGUCUUCUCAGAUGCUACUGUUCGCCUUGACGAAACUGCACGGGCGGGAGUGGGCCCAAAGGUUUCGGUUGCGGUCGGGAGCAGGACAAAUAAAUCAGAUUUUAUGUGGGAGUGGAAUGAAAUCUUGAGGGAGCGGGUGGGUGCAGGACUGAAAAAACAGUCCCGUGCAGACCAAGAGAGGGCGAUGCGCCAUUUCCGACAGUAUACAACGCCGAGGGGCAGAUUCUGCAAGAAGGACCUGUGGUCUAGCGGCGGCUUCUACAAAGAGGAAGUCCGAUCGUCCUCUACACAGCAGGAGAAACCCAGACCACCCGAGACUUUCAGGGUUACAACACCUCGAGCUCGUGCCAUCACUCCUUCUGAUCAGUGCUGUUUGAACUUCGUCACUUCUAAAAUUCCAGAGAAAGAGAUCAUCAAAGUUGAGAAAACACCUUCUGACUGUCCAAAGCAGGGCUAUAUGGUUACAACAGCUAGAGGCAAGUUCUGCAAGAAGGAGGACAUCAUGGCGUCCACUACACAGCAGCAAAGUACUGUGUCAACAACUUUCAGUGUUAGAAAAGCUAAAGGCAAGUUGGACAAUGAGGGACGCGUCCUAGCGUCCACUACGCAGCGGCAGAGUAGUGUGUCAACUGUGUCUUACAGUGUUGCAACAUCUAUAGGCAAGUUGGACAAUGAGGAAGACGUCCUAGCGUCCACUACACAGCAGCAGACUAGUGUGUCAACUGUAUCUUACAGCGACAAGGUGGAGGACAUCCUAGCAUCCACUACACAGCAGCAGAGUACUGUGUCAACAACUUUCAGUGUUCGAAAAGCUAAAGGCAAGUUGGACAAUGAGGGACGCGUCCUAGCGUCCACUACGCAGCGGCAGAGUAGUGUGUCAACUGUGUCUUACAGUGUUGCAACAUCUAUAGGCAAGUUGGACAAUGAGGAAGACGUCCUAGCGUCCACUACACAGCAGCAGACUAGUGUGUCAACUGUGUCUUACAGCGACAAGGUGGAGGACAUCCUAGCAUCCACUACACAGCAGCAGAGUAGUGUGUCAGCUGUGAGUUCUCGUGCUACAAAAGCUAGGGGCAAGUUGGACAAUGAGCAAAACGUCCUUGCGUCCACUACACAGCAGCAGAGUACUGAGUCUACUGUGUCUUACAGUGUUACAACAGCUAGGGACAAGUUGGACAAGGAAGAAGACAUCCUAGCAUCUGGUACAGAGCAUCACAGUACACAGCCAUCUGGGUCUUCUAGGGUUGCAGCAGCUAUGAGUGAGUUCUGCCUGCCAUAA